GAUGGUAGCUAUUGUUUUAUAAAUGAUGGUAGCUAUUGUUUCAUAAAUGAUGGUAGCUAUUGUUUUAUAAAUGAUGGUAGCUAUUGUUUUAUAAAUGAUGGUAGCUAUUGUUUUAUAUAUAAUGGUAGCUAUUGUUUUAUAUAUAAUGGUAGCUAUUGUUUCAUAAAUGAUGGUAGCUAUUAUUUUAUAAAUGAUGGUAGCUAUUAUUUUAUAAAUGAUGGUAGCUAUUGUUUUAUAAAUGAUGGUAGCUAUUGUUUUAUAAAUGAUGGUAGCUAUUGUUUCAUAAAUGAUGGUAGCUAUUGUUUUAUAAAUAAUGGUAGCUAUUGUUUUAUAAAUGAUGGUAGCUAUUGUUUUAUAAAUAAUGGUAGCUAUUGUUUUAUAAAUAAUGGUAGCUAUUGUUUUAUAUAUGAUGGUAGCUAUUGUUUUAUAAAUAAUGGUAGCUAUUGUUUUAUAUAUGAUGGUAGCUAUUGUUUUAUAUAUAAUGGUAGCUAUUGUUUUAUAUAUGAUGGUAGCUAUUGUUUUAUAAAUGAUGGUAGCUAUUGUUUUAUAAAUGAUGGUAGCUAUUGUUUUAUAAAUGAUGGUAGCUAUUGUUUUAUAAAUGAUGGUAGCUAUAGUUUUAUAAAUGAUGGUAGCUAUUGUUGUUUCAUAAAGCUGUGUCUAUAUAACAACUUUUUAACGUCACAUUGCUGA